AUGCACCAGAACAACAACCAACGCGUCAGCACGGCACCAGGCGCAGCGGGCGACGCAAUUGUCAUCGUCGGCGCGGGCAUCAUCGGCCUGGACGUUGCUCUCGUGCUGGCUGAGCGGGGGCUGGGACCCUUCAUCACCAUCAUCGCAGAGCAUCUGCCCGGAGAUACGUCUGCAAGCUAUACGUCGCCUUGGGCUGGAUGCAACUUUUCCGGCAUCUCAGGCACUGAUGCAAAUGCUCUCAAAUGGGACCGCCUGGGUUACGCUCAUCUCAUCAAGCUCGCCUCUGAGCACGGGGAUGAGGCGUAUAUCCGCCGAACAGACUCGAUAGAGUACUGGGAUGAGCACGUGCCCCACGACAAGAUCAAGGCCAUUUCCGAAUAUCUUGAAGACUUUCAAGAGAUUCCAAGCCACGAGCUUCCCGCCGGCGUCAGAUUCGGCAUCUCCUUUACCACCCUGACUCUCAACGCCCCCAAGCACAUUGAGUAUCUCUUCCACAGGCUGAGGGACCAAUAUGGCGUCCACUUUGUGAGGCAGAGGUUUCCAACCAUUCAAGCCGCAUACUCCAGUCCAACCACGAGGGUUGUCAUCAACUGCACCGGCCUCUCAGCAAAGACGCUGCCUGGGGUGGAGGACGCCAAGUGUUACCCGACUAGAGGCCAGAUUGUCCUUGUAAAGGCACCGCGCGUGAAGCGAAACAUUAUGCGCCAUGGGAGGGACUAUGAGACGUAUGUGAUUCCGCGACCUGGCACGGAUGGCCAUGUCAUUCUGGGGGGAUACAUGCAAAAGGGCUCGAGUGACGGAUCGACGUAUUCUUACGAGACAGAGUCCAUCGUCAACCGCUGCCUCAAGCUAUGCCCCGAGCUGCAGCCGUUUGAGAUGAUUGCCUCGUUUGCGGGCCUACGACCAUCCCGCGAAGGCGGCGCACGCAUUGAGAGAGAAGAGAUUGUCGUUGACGGCAAGAAGAAAGUUCUUGUGCACAACUACGGCGCUGGAGGCACUGGGUAUCAAGCUGGAUAUGGCAUGGCAUUGGAAGCGGUUGGCACUGUGGACGAUGUACUGCGAGAUUUAGAGCGGGCGAGUCGACGAUCGCGGCUGUGA